GCCGCCGCCGCCCCCCCGGCCCUCCAGCGCGGCAUCGUCAAGAUGGUGCUCUCCGGCUGUGCCAUCAUCGUCCGAGGCCAACCCCGCGGAGGGCCGCCUCCCGAGAGGCAGAUCAACCUCAGCAACAUCCGAGCCGGAAACCUUGCCCGUCGGGCAGCUGCAGGUCAGCCAGAGGCCAAGGACACCCCGGAUGAGCCCUGGGGCUUUCCGGCACGUGAAUUCCUGCGGAAGAAGCUGAUAGGGAAGGAGGUUUGCUUCACCGUGGAGUACAAGACUGUACAAGGCCGGGAGUACGGGAUGGUGUACCUGGGGAAAGACACGACCGGGGAGAACAUCGCCGAGUCGCUGGUGGCGGAAGGCUUGGCAGGUCGCCGAGAAGGAAUCCGUGCCAACAACCCUGAGCAGAGCAGAUUGGCUGAGCUGGAAGAUCAGGCCCGGAUUGCCAAGAAGGGCAUGUGGAGUGACGGGACCGGCUCCCACACCGUCCGUGACCUUAAGUACACCAUUGAGAACCCCCGGCACUUUGUCGAUGCCAUGCACCAGAAGCCCGUCAACGCUAUCAUUGAACACGUCCGGGACGGGAGUGUGGUGCGUGCCCUGCUCCUCCCUGACAAUUACCUGGUCACAGUCAUGCUCUCUGGCAUCAAGUGCCCCACGUUCAAGCGGGAAGCAGAUGGCACCGAGACGCCGGAGCCCUUUGCGGCAGAAGCCAAAUUCUUCACGGAGUCCCGGCUGCUGCAAAGAGACGUGCAGAUUGUCCUGGAGAGCUGCCACAACCAGAACAUCCUGGGCACCAUCCUUCACCCGAAUGGGAACAUCACAGAGCUGCUUCUGAAGGAAGGCUUUGCUCGCUGCGUGGACUGGUCUAUUGCGGUCUACACCCGAGGAGCUGAGAAGCUGCGUGCCGCAGAAAGGUAUGCCAAAGAACGCAAGCUGAGGAUCUGGAGGGACUACGUGGCCCCGACUGCCAACUUGGACCAGAAGGACAAGCAGUUUGUUGCCAAGGUGAUGCAGGUGCUUAAUGCAGACGCCAUUGUAGUGAAACUCAACUCCGGGGACUGUAAGACAGUUCACCUCUCCAGCAUCCGUCCACCUAGACUAGAAGGCGAAAGCACUCAGGACAAGAACCGGAAGCUCCGUCCCCUCUACGACAUCCCCUACAUGUUUGAGGCCCGCGAGUUCCUGCGCAAGAAGCUCAUUGGGAAGAAGGUGAAUGUCACCGUGGACUACAUCCGGCCAGCCAGCAGCGCAACGGACACCGCGCCUGCCUUCUCAGAGCGUACCUGUGCCACAGUCACCAUUGGCGGCAUCAACAUCGCGGAAGCCCUGGUCAGCAAGGGCCUGGCCACCGUCAUUCGCUACCGCCAGGACGAUGACCAGCGCUCCUCCCACUACGACGAGCUGCUGGCGGCCGAGGCACGGGCUAUAAAGAACGGCAAAGGACUGCACAGCAAGAAGGAGGUCCCGAUCCACCGGGUGGCUGACAUCUCCGGGGACACCCAGAAGGCCAAGCAGUUCCUGCCAUUCCUGCAGCGGGCCGGCCGCUCGGAGGCCGUGGUGGAGUACGUCUUCAGCGGCUCCCGCCUCAAGCUGUACAUGCCAAAGGAGACCUGCCUCAUCACCUUCCUGCUAGCAGGCAUUGAGUGUCCCCGCGGGGCCCGCAACCUGCCCGGCCUGGUCCAGGAGGGGGAGCCCUUCAGCGAGGAGGCUACACUCUUCACCAAGGAACUGGUGCUCCAGCGAGAGGUAGAGGUAGAAGUGGAGAGCAUGGACAAAGCGGGGAACUUCAUUGGCUGGCUGCACAUCGACGGCGUCAACCUCUCCGUGGCCCUGGUGGAGCAGGCCCUCUCCAAGGUCCACUUCACGGCCGAGCGCAGCAACUACUACAAGCCUCUCCUGGCCGCCGAGGAAGCCGCCAAGCAGAGGAAGGAGAAGGUGUGGCUGCAAUACGAGGAGGCCCCCGUGGAGGACGUGGUGAUGGUCCCUGAGGAGAAGGAGCGUUCGGCCAACUACCGGGCCGUCUUCGUCACUGAGAUCACCGACGACCUCCACUUCUACGUCCAGGAUGUGGAGACGGGCACCCAGCUGGAGAAGUUGAUGGAGACCAUGCGGAGCGAGAUUGCGGCCCACCCCCCUCUCGAGGGCUCCUACUCGCCCCGCCGGGGGGACUACUGCCUCGCCAAGUUUGUCGACGGAGAGUGGUACCGAGCUCGUGUGGAGAAGGUGGAGUCGCUGGCCAAAGUGCACGUCUUCUACAUUGACUAUGGCAAUAAGGAGACGCUGCCCUGCUCCCGGCUGGCUGCCCUGCCGCCCACAUUCAGCACUGGCGCCCUGUCUGCCCAGGCCGCGGAGUACAAGUUUGCCUUCAUCCAGGUGCCCCAAGAUGAGGAGGCCCGGGCGGACGCCGUGGACAGCGUGGUGCGGGACAUCCAGAACACGCAGUGCCUGCUGAACGUGGAGCACGCCGGCCCCAGCUGCCCCCACGUCACCCUGCAGUUCGCCGACUCCAAGGGCGACGUGGGGCUGGGGCUGGUGAAGGAGGGGCUGGUCAUGGUGGAGCCUCGCAAAGAGAAGCAGUUCCAGAAAGUGAUCACGGAGUACCUGAAUGCACAGGAAGCCGCCAAGAGUGCCCGGCUGAAUUUGUGGCGCUACGGAGACUUCCGUGCUGAUGAUGCUGACGAGUUCGGCUACAGCCGCUAGAUGCAGACGGCGACAAUCCAGACCGCCCUGCUGCGUCCCGGCUGGGCACCGGCACGGCCCCCUUCC